CGGUGACAACUGAAAAUCGUCAGAUUCUAUCAGUCAUUAGUUUUUGUUUAGCAUUUCACAUCGCAUGAUCACGUAUUUAUUUUACGCUUAUUUCGUCGUAUCAGUGAAUAAUGGAAAUUCCCAUAAAUAUUUCUUUUACUUACAUCAAAUAUGAACGUGCUUGAGCGAAUAUUAAACAAUUAAGAAUUUUAAACAGUUUUAAAUAUUAAUUGAAUACGGAAUCAUCAUUUCAACUACAUACAGAUUUUUUUCAUAUGAUUGUUGUCACUAAAAAGAUUAACAUGGUGGAGUAUUUGUGUGUCAAGUGGUCAAUCGUUCACAUUGAAAUGGGUCACAGAAAAAUCGGUGAUAAAACUGCAAUCUAACCAUGUUGAAAAAGAUACUUGGUGGUUUGUCAAUAUGUCCGGUAAUUUCAAAACAUUUCAACUGACCAGAAAUUACAUCACAUGUUGUUUUCAAUUUUCACGCAACAUUUCUUCAUCUGAAUGUAAGAUAUAUACAUCUAACAUUAUGGUCAAUUGGGUAGAAAACUUCUUUGAUAUUGAAUUCGACGAUCUCAACCAAAUACAAGAUGCCGUAGACGUUGAAAAUGCAAUACAAAAAUAUUCUACAUACUUAGAGAAUACCAUCAAUGUACUUAAUAUGUAUGAAGAGUAUGCACAUCUCAGAUCUCCAAAUGAACUGAUCGACAAAAUAUUUGAUAUGAUAUGCAAAGCGUGUAACGUGCCCAACUGCAAACUCGGGUACUGGCUGUGCAACAAGUUACGGGAUUGUGGUGGACUAGAUUUGUUAAUAAAUAAUUGCGUGUCCAAAGACCAAGAUCUACAGUUCUCCAGCGCCAGAUUGUUAAAGCAAUGUUUGACAACAGAAAAUUCUGAAUAUGUAUUGGAAAAGGGGGUGGAUAAAGUCAUGCAAGUAAUAUGUGAGUACAAGAAACAAAUUAGCUCGGUGGAUAAAUCGAAUGUAAGCACUGGAAUUCUUGAAAACUUAUUUAAACACAAAAAAAUUAUGUGUAGCGGUGUAAUGCAACAUGGUGGUUUAGACGUAUUGCUUUACGAGUACCGACACCGAGACAUUGUGACACUGGAACAGUGCGCCAGUGCUCUAGCGAACUUAUCGCUGUAUGGAGAACCAGAAAACCAAGAUCAUAUGAUAAGGCGUAACGUACCCACAUGGUUGUUUACGUUGGUGUUUAACACAGAUGUCGACAUCAAGUAUUACGCUUUCUUGGCAAUUGUGGUUUUGGUCACUAAUAAGGAAGACAAGGUGACUAUGAUAAAUCCUGAACAUUUAAAUUUGAUUAAUCCGUCUGUCACCACGCACAUAUCGACAGAAUUUACUAAAUCCAGUAUGGCUCCACAUACUCUAGGCCAAAGUCAAAACUGGCUUAAGAAACUUGUCCCGGUUUUAAGUUCCAGUCGUGAGGAAGCGUGCAACUUGGCUGCGUUCUAUUUUUGCAUGGAUGCCGGAAUCAAAAGGCAACGUGGUGUGACCAGCAUAUUCAGAGCAAUCAACGCGAUUGGACCAUUGAGAAGAGUAGCCAGUUAUGGAAACAUUAUAGCAUCUAAAUUAGCGGCUAAAGCAUUACGAUUGAUCGAUGAUGGGGUACCCUACAAACUCAGUCGAAAUGUCCCCGAAUGGUCAGUAGACGACGUACAUAAAUGGGCCACACAAAGUGAGCUUAACGAUUACGCCAACAACUUAUCGGAAAACCUUGUUGAUGGUGAUCUUUUGUUGCAAAUAACCGAGGAAAACUUGAAAAACGACAUCGGAAUAAAGAAUGGAAUUAUGAUAAAAAGAUUUAUGAGAGAACUAGAUAAUUUAAAACAAUCAGCUGACUACAGUAGUAAAGAUCCAACUGGUGUGCAGUCACUACUCGAGUCGAUCGGGUCAAAAUAUACCGUGUACACAUAUCCCAUGUUGAAUGCAGGAAUUAACAGAAAUUCGAUCAGGGAAUUAACGGCAGAUCAGAUUGUAGACAAUUGCGGAAUCACAAACAGCAUACAUCAAAGUCGUAUACGAUAUUUAAUUGAAAAAAUUCAUUCGAUGGAAUCGUCAUUGGAUGUAUUUAUCAGUUACAGGCGAUCGAAUGGAUCUCAGUUGGCAAGUUUGAUCAAAGCUUACCUAGAAAUUCGAGACUAUCGAGUGUUUAUCGACGUGGUACGUUUGGAAAAUGGAAAUUUUGGCCAUAACCUAUUAAAACAUUUAAAACUAGCGAAAAACUUCGUGCUUGUAUUAACUCAAAAUUCGUUGGACCGAUGUGUUGGAGAUAACGAGUGCAAUGACUGGGUUCACAAGGAAAUUGUGACUGCGAUGCAGAAUCGGCUGAAUAUAAUUCCCAUCAUAGCGGAAAAUUUUACUUGGCCAGAACUGCUUCCAGCGGAUAUGCGCGAUUUACGUACGUAUAAUGCGAUACAGUGGUCAUGCGAAUUUCAGAAUGAAUGCAUGGAUUCCAUCUCGAUGGCUAUUCGUGGUGAUUUGUAUGCCGUCUAGAUAAGGCCAGUUCUGGUCUUUAAUCAUACCUAUCCAUAGUAAUGGGUGGUUAACCCAUUGUCAAGGGUAAUUCUAUAGUCAUUCCGAAUAUCACCGAACUACCCUAUGGGGACCGCCUACCAUCACCUACUGGCUACCGUGUGACUCUGUCUCUAUAAAAUGGAUAGAAAUUUAAAACAGCAGAGCAUAUUAAACAUAAUAUAUAUUACUAAUAUCAUAUUAUAUUACUAUUAUUACAAAGAACACACAUUAAUAUACCAUUUUUUUAACAUUAUAUUCAUAAAAUAAAAUUAUAAAAUACAUCUAUAUUAAUAAAAGAAAAUAUUUGUGCGUG